UUGUCCUCAGCAGGUGACGUGGAUGUGAAUGUUAAUAUGCAGAAGGUUCUGUCUGAAUACAAUGGACCAAAAGACCUCAACAGCCUGCUGGGGAAGUACCUGUACAUAGCUGUACUGGUGGAAGAGAGCACAGGUGGUAUUACUCAGGAGACCGAGUUUGCUGCAGUGAAGUUUGUCAAAUCACCUUACAGCCUGAGCCUGGUGUCCACGCCCCCCUUCCUCAAACCUGGACUGCCUUAUAACAUCCAGGUGUGUGUCAUAGAAGCUCUUUAUGUGUAACGUGUGGUUCAGGCG